CAAUUUAGUUGUUCUUGUUCUUGUAAAUGUCAAAUGGUGACGAUUUAAACGAUGAUUUAGACUACAACUUUGAUAAUAUAGAGUCUGAUAAUGAUGGCAGCUUCGUAGAUGAAGAAUUUAUGGCUCCAAAUGACAGUGAGGAGACACUAGAGGUUGCUACUGGGAAGAAAAGAGAAAGGGAUGAUGCAGAGCCACAACAGCAGACGCAACAGAAGAAAAAGAAGUCUAAGAAGACUAAGCAAUGGUUUAGUCAAGUGCCAGAUAUCGCAAAGUCGUCUGAAUCGAGCCAGUACGACUUUUUAGUUGAUCAGUUGAAAUCUGCGUACAGUAAAUUGAGCGAUAUUGAGCUUGAGGAGAAGUUAAUACCUGAAUCUGCUAUAGAAGCUACGACGUCUUACAGUCAAUCAAGGAGUAAGGAUACUAUUGUGGACUUUAUCAGUAGCCAUUUUGGUAGUUUGAAGGACUCACUGAGUAAACAGAACAAACAAAAUGGUAGUCCAAGGUUGCUCGUUAUCUGUCCAUCCGCUAUACGCUGCACAGAUAUCGUACGCUCUUUGAAGCAACUGAACCCAUCGAAGGAUGUCCCAAUCGCUAAAUUAUUCGCUAAGCAUAUCAAAUUACAUGAGCAGAAGGAGUUCUUGCAGUCAAAUCAGACUGUUAUCGCUGUAGCUACGCCCAAUCGAGCGAAAUCGUUAAUAGAAGAUGGUGCAUUCAGCACAAAGUACCUAGGAUUAAUUUUAUUAGACACUAGCUACGUAGAUGACAAACAGCGUACAUUAUUUGACGUCCCAGAGAUCAAACAGCAGUUAUUUGAUUUCCUCGGUUUGAAAUCAAUUUAUGAGCGUUUCAAAGGAGAUAAAGGUGGUCAAGGGGAGAAAGGACGUAAAACUGCUUUAUGUUUAUUCUAAUAUACAAAUACAUUAACUUAUCUAUCU